AUGGAUGAGCACCUGGCCCGGCUCCUCGCCAACACACAGGACAAGAAUGAGGGUCCUCGCAAGCAGGCCGAACUCGACCUGUUGCAUGCCCAGACAAACCCCGAGUUCCCGCUGUCACUGGCUCGCAUCGGCUCGCAUACCGCUGCCCCUGUCGAGAUCAGGCAGUCUGCCCUGAGCUACCUUCGGAAUUUCAUCGAGAAGAACUGGAGCCCCGAUGGCGACCACGCGCCGCACAUCCACAUCCCGGACUCGACCAAAGAAGAGCUGCGUAACAUCAUUCUGGAGCUCGUCCUGAGCCCCGAGGAUGAGCGCAAGGUCAAGGUUGCUGCCAGCGUUGUUGUGUCCAAGAUCGCCUCGUCCGACUUUCCGGACCAGUGGCCGGCUCUUCUGCCGUCUGUCUUGGGCGUCAUGCCCAGCGGUGCGGACCCCCAGCUCCAUGGUGCUCUGCGUAUUCUCCAGGACAUUGUCGAGGAGAGCUUGACCGACGAGCAGUUCUUUGGGGCGGCCCGGGAUAUAAUUAAGGCGUGCUAUGAUGUGGCCCUGAACGAGAACCGCAAGGCUCAACACCGUAGUUUGGCUGUUCAAGUCUUCCGGAGUUGCUUCGACCUCAUGGACAUUGUCAAGGAUGACCACAAGAAGGAGGUCAAGGCCUUUGCUGAGCAGGUUCUCAGCGGGUGGCUGCCCUUCUUGGAGCAGGUGAUCAAAUCUCCCCUCCCUCCUCUUGAUGACUCGGGCUCUCAGCCGCAGAGUUGGUACGGCCCGGUUGCCCUGAAGGUGCAGGUGGUCAAGACUUUGAUCAAGAUCAGAAGCGUCUUCAAGUCCCUUCUGCUUCCUCGGACCCCUGUUUUCUUCACAGCCGUCUGGGAGGAGCUCUUGAGGUUGGCGCCAGCUUACCAGGCUCUUUUUAUCGACUCCGAUGCCCAGAGCCGACUGGAGGAUGCCGAUGGUCUGCCCUUCACUCUAGACUUCCUGGUCCUCGAUCUCCUCGAUUUCCUCAACCAGUGCAUGCGGGCUCCUCCUGUCCAGAAGCAGUUGGAUGCUGAGAUUGCUGCUCGUGGUGGCGCCGUUCAUGAUACCCCUUGGGUCCUGGAUCUCAUGAAGCUUCUCGUUGCCUACUCCCAGAUUACCCAGGAGGAAGAAGGGCUGUGGGAUAUUGACGUGUCGCUAUUCCUUGCCGAGGAGACUUCUGUGUCCUCAAACUACACCGCCAGGACCGCAUGCGGCGAUUUGCUGAUUAAGCUUGCGGAGUGGCUUGACUCCCGAGCGCUGGAGGGCCUCUAUGCUUAUACCAAGGCCCUCUUCACGGGCCAGGACUCCAGCUGGCAGAAGCAGGAAGCCGCCCUCUACCUUUUCAAUGUUGUCCUGAAUGACUUCCAGGACACCGAUAAGCAGGUUCCGGAGCAGCUCCUCAGUGCUUACCUGGAAUUGGUCAACUAUGCUAUCAACAGGCCUAAGGAUCCAAUGCUGCGCGCUCGCGGUUACCUCGUUGCUGGAAAUCUCUCUCAACAUUUGAAGGCGACUCUCCCUCUGUUCGAUGGCGUUCUCAAUGCCCUUACCAGCGACGCGAACGAGCUUGUCCGUGUCUCUUGCAUUAAGGCCGUCGAAGGCUUUGUCAACGGCGGCAUCCCCCUUGAGCGCCAGUCUGCAGUCAUCUUGGCCAUCCAGCAUUUCUUGGAGACCAAGGAUCUCAGCGACCUCGAUGAUGCCGAUGACCUCCUUGUCACUAUCCUGGAGACUCUCCGUGCUGCCAUCAACAUGGAUAUGACGGUCGCCAUCCAACCGGAUAGCAAGGCCCUCGACCUCAUGUUCUUGGUUGCUAAGCAUGGCGCUUCCAGCUUCCACGUCACUCUCAUUGUUUGCGAGACAUUCGAGGAUAUCGCUAGCACAUUCGAGGAGAGGAAGGACCCUGCUCUGUAUACUGCCCUCUGUACCAAGGUCUUGCCCUCGAUUACUGGCACCUUUGAUGUUGCGAACAUGACCCAGGAUAGCCCGCUGGUUAUGCUGGCUGUCGACCUCCUAGCCCUCCUCGUCAAGUACGGUACCGAGCCUCUCCCUCAGGGCUUCGUUGCUGGAAUCCUCCCCAAGCUCAACCAUCUCCUGAUGAACUCGACCGAGGGAGAGAUUCUGCGCCCUGGUGCCGAGGCUGUCAAGUUCAUGCUCAUGCAUGAUCAUCAGCAGGUGUUCAGCUGGACCGAUGAGAACGGCCGGUCCGGUCUGGAGGUCUGCCUGCGCAUUAUCGACCGUCUGCUCACCCAGGGUAUCGAGGACAAUGCUGCCUCGGAGGUUGGUGGUGUCGCUGCUGAGCUGGUUGAAAAGGCUGGCCAUGAGAGGCUCGGUCCUUUCCUUCCCCAGCUUCUCCAGGCUGUUGCUACCCGUCUGGACAGCGCCCAAGCUGCUCCUUUCAUCCAGUCCCUCAUCCUUGUCUUCGCUCGCCUUUCCCUGGUCGGCGCUCAGGAUGUGAUCAAUUUCCUUAGCGAUAUCCAGAUUAAUGGCCAAGUUGGUCUCCAGGUUGUGCUGGCCAAGUGGUUGGAGAAUUCGGUCAACUUUGCUGGCUAUGAUGAGAUCAGGCAGAACGUCAUUGCGCUGUCCAAGAUCUACUCCCUCAACGACAACCGUGUCGCUCAAACCAUGGUUAAGGGUGACCUGAUCGUGAACAACAGCGACAGGAUCAUGACCAGGUCUAGAGCCAAGCUCAACCCCGAUCAGUACACAAUUAUUCCCGCCCCUCUCAAGAUCCUCAAGGUCCUCAUCGAAGAGCUCCUUUCUGCCUCUGGCGCCGGUGCUGCUCCCAACAUGCCCGCCGCGGCAACCAGCAAUCUCGCCGACGACGACGAAGAUGAGGACGACGAGGGCUGGGAGGACGAGCCCGAUGACACCCUAGACCUAGCACUGGGUGGCACCAAGCAGGAGCUGAUGAACUGGGCUGAAGGUGGCAGCUCGCGCCAGCGCGACGACGAGACGCAGGCGUACCUGUCUGAUUUCUUUAUCCGCGCCGCGAGGGAGAAUGUCGCUGGAUUUCAGCAUUGGUUUAACAUGCUAACGCCAGAUGAGCAGAAUAAGCUGCAUCAGUUGGCCGCGCAAUAA